GGGCUGACAGGGAGGUAGCGGCUGGGAGACAGGUGGCGGUUGAUGCAGAGGCGGCGAUGGGUGGAGAUGCAGUGGCAGCGAUUGGUGGAAAAGCAGUGGCAGGGGGGGUUCUAUCAAGCAGAGAAGAGAGUGGGGAGUAUGACGCCGCCGCUGCCGCUGCUGCUGAUGAUGAUGAGGCGACUGCAGGCGUUGAGGUGUCUCAGCAGGAGGAGGCUUCUGCUGGAGUUGAAGCAGUCACCGCAGACAAAGCAGAAGCGGUUACCAGUGCAAGCAGAGUCCCACCUGUCUCGAGUCCUGUCUCGCUGGCAAGCGCCCCUGCUGUCUCAGCCACCCCUGCUAUCUCAACAGUCCCUGCUGCUGUCAUUGCUCCCUCUGCUCCCUCUGUUGCUUCUCGCCCUGCCAAUUCCUGGAUCCGCCCAGCGCACCCUUCUUCGCACUCCGGCUCUGAUUCCGACUCUGACUGGUCCGACUCCGAACCUGCGCCCAAGCCUGUGCCGAUCCGAUCCUGGAGAGCAGGUGUGGCGAGCGCAGCAGCAGUGCCAGCAGCAGCACCCGCCCCUGUGCCUGCCGCCUCUCCUCGCCCCGCAGUAGCUGUGGGACGGCUGCGAAGUGACUUCCUCAACCGCUUCCAACAGCAGCAGCAGCAGCAGCAGCAGCAGCAGCAGCAGCAGCAGCAGCAGGAAGUGGAGCAACCCUCUGUGGCUCCUCUUACAUCUCCCCAACAGCAACAGCAACAGCAGCCCUCUGAGCCUCCUGCUAUGCUUUUUGAGAAUUCUCAAGAGCAGCAGCAGGUUUCUGCAACUUCCCCUCGCUUCUCACAAGAAACACUACAAAUAGCCACUGCUGACUCAGCUGUUGAUGUGGAAUUUGCUGGUGACGUGGAACAAGCUGCUGAUGUGGAGCAUGCAGCUGAGGGUAAAGCAGAAUUAGCUGCUGAUGGGCAUGAUGAUGUGUUUGCCGAUGGGGACGGGCCUGCACUUGUGGAAUCUGCUGCUGACGUGGCGUCUCCUGCUGAUGUGGAUGCGAGGCCAUCUUCUCCAGAAGGGUCAACCAUCGGCAUGCAAGAUGCUGUUGAUGUGGCAUCUGAUGUGGCAUCUGAUGUGGCAUCUGAUGUGGCUUCUGAUGUGGCUUCUGAUGCCGCAAUCGCUGUGGCGUCUGGUGUGGCUGCUGAUGUGGCAUCUGAUGUGGCUGCUGAUGAAGCUCUGUGUGGGCCUGGAGGGGCUAGUUUGCUGCUGGCGAGUGGGGUGGUCGAACCCUUACUGGCGACGAAAAGGCGGGCAGAAGAGGUGGAAUCAGAAGGAACAGAAAGAGAAAGAAGAAGUGAGGCGGAAAGGAGAGAAUGCGGUGGGAGCAGAAGAAUCAGAAAGACGAGUGACGUGGAAGCAGAGAGUGACGUGAAAGCAGGGAGUGACGUGGAAGCAGAGAGUGACGUGGAAGCAGUGAGUGACGCGGAAGCAGAGAGUGACGUGGAAGCAGAGAGUGACGUGGAGGCAGAGAGUGACGUGGGAGCAGGGAGUGACGUGGAAGCAGAGAGUGACGUGGGAGCAGGGAGUGACGUGGAAGCAGCGAGUGACGUGGAAGCAGAGAGUGACUUGGGAGCAGGGAGUGGCGUUGAAGACAAGCAGCCAGUCUCAGUCCCAGCAGGUGAAGCCGCAGCGGCACCAGCCCCAUCAGCACCUAACUCCGAAUCUGACUCUGCAGCCGAAGCCGAGGGGGUGGAGCAAGAGGGGGAAGGCAAGCGGCGUGCCUUGGAUGCGACAGGUGAAUCCGCAGCGGCGACACCAGCCCCAUCAGCGCCUAACUCCGAAUCUGACUCUGCAGGUGAAGCCGAGGAGAUGACGAAAUGGCCAACGCUGACGUGGGUGCAGCUGUUGGUGCUGAUGUGGCUGUUGGUGCUGAUGUGGCUGCCGUUGAUGCCGCCACUGGUGUGGGUGCAGCUGUUGAUGCACUUGCUAAUGCUGAUGCGAUUUGCGUUCGUUGACGCGGCUGCAGAGGUUGCGUCAAAAGCUUCAUCUGAUUCACCUACAAUACUACCUGAUUCACCUGCUGUGCCUCAUUCACACGAUGUGCCUCAUUCACCUGCUGUGCCUCAUUCACCUACUGUGGCUGAAGUUGUUGCUCUGCUUGAUUCACCUCCGGUGCCCCAUGCGCCUGCUGGGGCGGAACCACCUGCUUCUCCCCCUGCGUCUGACACGCAGUCAGUGGCUCCAAUCGAGAGGGAGGAGGAGGAGAGGGAGAGGGAGGAGGAAGAAAAGGAGAGCGAUGAGGAAAGGGAGGAGGAGAGGGAGGAAGAGAGGAAGAAGGAGCGGGAGGAGCUGGAGCAGAACGAAGAUAGGAUUUCGCCUGCUUCCCCUGCUGUUGCUGAAGCACCUUCUCUCAGCCCCGACUUCGCCCCUGCCUCUGACUCGCAGUCAGUGGCUUCGAGUGAAAGGGAGGAGGAGGAAGAGGAGAGGGAGGAGGAGGAAGAAGGGAGUGAGGAGGAGGAAGAGGAGAGGGAGGAGGAGAGGGAGGAGAAAGAGGAGCGGGAUGAGGAGAGGGGGGAGGAGAAGGGAGAUGAGAUAUCGCCUGAUUCCCCUGCUGUUGCUGAAGCACCUCCUCUCAGGCCCGCCUCCGCCCCUGCCUCUGACGCACAAUCUGUGGCUCCAAGUGAAAGGGAGAGGGAGGAGGAGAGGGAGGAGGAGAGGGAGGGGCUGGAGCGGAAGGGAGAUGAGAUGUCACCAGCUUCCACUGCUGUUGCUGAAGCUCCUUCUCUCAGCCCCGCCUCCGCCCCUGUCUCUGACUCGCAGUCAGUGGCUUUGAGUGAAAGGGAGGAGGAGGAAGAGGAGAGGCAGGGAGAAGAAGAGGAGAGGGAGGAGGAAGAAGAGGAGAGGGAAGAAGAAAGAGAGAGGGUGGAGCAGAAGGAAGACGCGAUCUCGCCUGCUGUUGCUGAAGCACCUGCCUCCCCCCCUGCCCCUGACAAACAGUCUGUGGCUCGGAGUGAGAGGGAGGAGGAAGAAGAGGAGAGGGAGGAGGAGAUGGAGGAGGAGAUGGAGGAGGAGAGGGAGGAGGAGAAGGAGAGGCUGGAACAGAAGGAAGAUGCAAUCUCGCCUGACUCCCCUGCUGUUGCAAAAGAGCCUCAUCUCAGCCCCGCCUCCUCCCUUGUGUCUGACGCGCAGUCAGUGGGUCGAAGUGAGAAGGAGAGGGAAGAGGAGAGGGAGCAUGAGAGGGUGGAGGAGAGGGAGAGGCUGGAGCAGAAGGAAGAUGCAAUCUCGCCUGACUCCCCUGCUGCUGCUGAAGCGCCUUCUCUCAGCCCCGCCUUCGCCCCUGCAUCUGAUGUACUGCUGGUGGCUCCAGGUGCGAGGGAGGAGGAAGAGGGGAGGGAGGAGGAAGGGGAGAGGGAGGAGGAGAAGGAGGAGAGGGGGGAGGAAAGGGAGAGGGAGGAGGAGAAGGAGGAGGAGGAGCCGAAGGAGGAGAGUGGGGGAUUGACGGAGAAAACCGUGGGAGAGGAAAGAGGUUUGGAGGGAGAGGAUGUGGAGGCAGAGAGGGUGAAGGACGAGAGUGUGGAGGGAGAGAGUGUGGAGAGAGAGAGUGUGGAGAAAGCGAAUGUGGAGCUUGAGAAUACUGGGGCUGGAGCAGUGGCAGUGGAUGCUAGCAGCGCUGGUGGCGAGUGGAUAGUCAAGGCUGUCUCAGUGGCAGUGCAGGCAACAGAGGGAGGAGAGCUUGGUGGCGAGCAGAUAUUUGAUGCCGCAGAGGUGGAAGGAGGAGAGGCAGUGGACGGAGAAGCAAAAGUGGAAGAAAGAGCGGCGGAGGAAAAAGCAGCAGUGGAGGAGAAAGCAGCAGUGGCGGCAGAAGAAAGCAGCAAUGGGGGAGGGGCAAGCAGCAAUGCGGGAGGGGCAAGCAGCAGCAGCAGUUGAUACAACAGCCCCCUUGGACACCAUUCCCUCUCGCCCUGCCAAUUCCUGGAUCCGCCCAGCGCAGCCUUCUUCCCACUCCGGCUCUGAUUCCGACUCUGACUGGUCCGACUCCGAACCUGCACCCAAGCCUGUGCCCAUCCGAGCCUGGAGAGCAGGUACGGUAUUGGCAGUAGCUGCUGCUACUCCUGCCACCUCUCCUCCCCCCCAGCAGCUGUGGGGCGGCUGCAAAGUGACUUCCUCAACCGCUUCCAGCAGCAGCAGCAGCAGCAGCAGCAGCAGCAGCAGCAGCAGCAGCAACAUGCUGUGCAAGCCAGUCCUGACGCCUCAUUU